GUGCGCAGACGCGCCUCUCAGGGAGCGAUCAGAGGAUUUACAGGAAGAACAACAAGCAGCGAAGAAAAGAUUACAACUUAAAAGAAGGAGUCCUUCCUCUGCGUGGUCAUAGAAGUGAUAUUUUGCAUCUGUCUGGGAUCCUUUCAGAGUGGAUUAUCAGUGAGACAGUGUAGAAGGGAUCCCUGGGCCUGCAGUCGGUCCCAUCUCCUCCCUCCACACACCGCCCUGCUCCAAUGGAUGCACUGAACCGGGCUCUCCUCUGUCUUGUUUUGGGAUUUAUGGAGCUCGCAGCUGCAACAGUUAAAACCACAGUGGGGGAAGAAGCUGUCCUCCCCUGUAUGGUGGAAAAACAGGGUAACCUAAGGGUGCUGCAGUGGAGCAAAGAAGGCCUGGGGCAAGAUUAUGUCUUCUACUUUAGAGAUAACCAACCUUAUGAAAGCUUCCAGAACCCACACUUCAAGGGCCGAGUGAAGCUCAGCGAUAAGGAGAUGACCAAUGGAGAUAUGUCCAUCGUCCUGUCCAACACCAACCUCAGUGAUGCAGGGAAAUACAGCUGCAAGGUCGUCAUGGAAACAAAGACAAUAAAAACCAUCACUCUGGAGGUCAACGAAAAAAGUGAGUUAAUAGAGUUUGAUUUAAUCCAGCUUGGAGAAAAUCUAAGCAGUUAUUGAUGUUUAGAAUCAAAA